AUGGCCCUCGAAGACAGGUUUGAGGUCGUCCUUUACGGUAGGCUGUAUGAUCGCUAUUCGCUCUUUGCGGUCAGGAGCAAGCAGUGGGAUGCAAGCAAGCCCUGCUGCUUGGUCUCCGGCGGCGUUCAUGGCUACGAGACUAGUGGCGUCAAGGGCGCACUCCUCUUUCUGGAGACUCGAGCCCUCGACUACGCCGACACGUUCAAUCUGCUCGUGCUGCCGUGCGUCAGCCCCUGGGGAUACGAGAACGUCCAGCGGUGGACGCCAAACGCGGUCGACCCCAACCGCGCGUGGGGCGCGCUCGCGGCGGUCUCGUGCGACGAGGCCAACGCGGCGUCGGCGCUCGUCGCAUCGCUGGGCGUCGAGAAGUGGAAGUGCCACAUCGACCUGCACGAGACGACCAACACCGACGCCACCGAGUUCACGCCCGCCCGAUGCGCGCGCGAUGGGACCGCGUUCGAGGAGGACGAAAUCCCCGACGGCUUCUAUCUCGUCUGCGACAGCGAGAGGCCUCAGGGCGGGUGGGCGGCCGCGGUCAUCGAUGCGGUCCGAAAGGAGACGCACAUCGCACCGGCCGACGCAAACGGCGAGAUAUGUGGCGAGUCAGUCAGCCAGGAGGGCGUAAUCCUGGUCCCGUUCAAGAAGGUUGCGGUAUGCGCGUGUAUCGCCGACGCCGAUUUCGCCACGACGACCGAGGUCUAUCCUGAUUCGGUCACAUCAACCGCCGAAGAGUGCAACCGCGCGCAGGUGGCGGCGGUCAGCGGUGGGCUCGACUACAUCCGGCGCAGCGCGCUCUGA